AUGGUGGCGCUCGGGAAGGGGAACAGCAGGACGGAGGCCGAGGAGGAGGCCGCGGCGCGGUGGGAGAGCGAGAAGGAGGCGGAGAUCGACUACGUGUUCAAGGUGGUGGUGGUGGGCGACUCGGCGGUGGGCAAGACGCAGCUGCUGGCGCGCUUCACCCGGGACGAGUUCGCGCUCGACUCCAAGUCCACCAUCGGCGUCGAGUUCCAGACGCGCACGCUCACGCUCCACCGCAAGCGCGUCAAGGCGCAGAUCUGGGACACCGCCGGACAGGAGAGGUACAGGGCGGUGACGAGCGCGUACUACCGCGGCGCGCUGGGCGCCAUGGUGGUGUACGACGUGACCCGGCGCGCCACGUUCGAGCACGUGGCGCGGUGGGUGGAGGAGCUCCGCGCGCACGCCGACGGCUCCUCCACCGUCGUGGCGCUCAUCGGGAACAAGGCCGACAUGCCCGCGGCGCGGCGCGAGGUGGCCGCCGACGAGGCCGCGCGCCUCGCCGAGGAGCAGGGCCUCUUCUUCUCGGAGGCGUCCGCGCUCACGGGCGACAACGUGGAGCGCGCCUUCCUCACGCUCCUCGAGGAGGUCUUCGCCGUCGUGUCGCGCAGGGCGCUGGAGCUCGACGAGGCACGCCGGAUGCGCGGCGACCAGCAGGGCGAUGGCGAUGGCGGCGGCGAGGUGCUGUCGCUCAAGGGGACCGCGGUGGACGUGGGCUCCAUCAUGGAGACCAGCGCCAUGAGGAGGAGCUCGCAGUGCUCUUGCUCAUGA